UGUCUAGUUUCGCGCUCUUCCAUAUAAGAUCAGACCGCUGGCGCGCCUCGAGAUUUCAGCCCUACUGAUUUGGCAUUAUAAUCACUUAACUCUAAUUUGGCGCGAACUAUACGUCUACUUCGAAAUGCGGCUGUCUACAAAUACUCUUUUGGCGUUGUGGACGUGCGCACAGGGUGUGUUCGCAUUUGAGAACAAAUUCUUGUUUCCGACGGAGAAGGAUUUGACAUUCUACUACAUGAACACGAUCGAGGUCAAAUAUCAGUCCAAUUUCUCAGACCCGACGUUGUACAUCUUUUGCACAAAGGACGACGGCAAAGCGGAACAAAAAAACAAGGUCUCUGCGCCUGAGAAUAAUGGCACUAUUGCCGUGACUCUAGACUUCACGAAAGUUGACACAUGCUGGUUUAAUCUGAGAAGCGACGAAAAGAAGAAUAAUUUGGGUUUUAAUAGCCCUAACAGGUGGAGUUUUGAUUAUGACGAGCAGAAGAAAAAUACUACUACAGUCAAAGCUAUAGAAACCACUACCACAAAAUCGUCAACGCCAUCUUCAACUUUUUCAACUUCUUCAACUUCGAUAACUACUUUGACUCCAGCGCCCGUCGCGACGACGGCCGAGGCCACAACUAGCACACCAACUUCGAUAAGCGAACCCGCCCAAAAGGGUAUCCAGAUAGGCAUUGGCGUCGGUGCUGCCGUUGGUGGUCUGAUUGUGAUGACGCUUAUUGGAAUGGUAGCAGCCCGGAUGAUAAGCAAUAAAAAGGCAAAAGCAGGCUAUACAGCGCCGUCGGAGAUGACACCCGCGGGUGUUUUGAAACCUUUGAGUUCGAACAUGUCGUAUUAUCCAGUUUCUCACUCAGAGCCGCCCGUGGCAACGUUGGCUGGACCUUAUGAUCCUUAUCAUCGGUGACCAGUCUCUUUACGGAAAGGAGACGUGUAAAUUAUUGGAGCCAUAUAGUCAUCUGAGAAUAGAAACAAGCAGAUUUUGAUUUUCA